UUUUUUCCAAUCCAACAUGGCGGAAGACCGCAAAAAUAAGGAGAACAAUGUGAUGCGCGACUUGCGCAUCCGUAAACUCUGUUUGAACAUCUGUGUUGGAGAGUCUGGUGAUAGGCUUACCCGUGCUGCCAAGGUGUUGGAGCAACUUACUGGCCAACAGCCAGUUUUCUCAAAAGCUCGUUUCACUGUCCGAUCUUUUGGUAUCAGAAGGAACGAGAAGAUCGCUGUCCACUGCACAGUAAGAGGACCCAAGGCUGAAGAGAUCUUGGAGCGUGGACUCAAGGUACGAGAAUAUGAAUUGCGUAGAGGAAACUUCAGUGCUACCGGAAACUUUGGAUUUGGUAUUCAGGAACACAUUGAUCUUGGAAUCAAGUAUGAUCCUAGCAUUGGAAUCUACGGCAUGGACUUCUAUGUUGUCCUAGGAAGACCAGGUUUCAAUGUUGCCCAUAGAAGGCGCAAGAAGGCUAAGGUUGGGUGCAGACACAAGAUCCCCAAAGAAGAAUCAGUAAAGUGGUUCCAACAGAAGUACGAUGGGAUUAUUCUACCUGGGAAGAAAUAAGCCUCCACUCUAUGAUAACCAGAAAUAAUAGAAAAGGACUUGAAAAAGCCAAUAUUUAAUUGUACAAACUAUCAGACAAUAAACGGCUGUCCCAGUCAAAUGA